CUUGACUCAACUGUAACUGGGACAAAUGAAGUUCAUUUUCCACAGCUGGUGAUGGCGGAUGUUGUUGAUAAAGACACCAUGAAGAAUUACCACAUAGCGUCUGAGAAAAUGAACCCAGAGAACAGUCGCUAUCCUUACUGUAUCGUGUGGACACCUAUCCCCGUGUUGUCAUGGCUGCUUCCAUUCAUUGGCCACAUGGGAAUCUGCACUUCCACUGGUGUCAUCCGGGACUUUGCUGGACCUUACUUUGUCUCAGAAGACAACAUGGCUUUUGGAAGACCAACAAAGUACUGGAUGCUCGACGUUAGCAAAGUCUACGCUAGUGGUUCCAAUGCCUGGGACACAGCGGUACACGAUGCUUCGGAGGAGUAUAAGCACAGGAUGCACAACCUCUGCUGUGACAACUGUCACUCACAUGUUGCCAUGGCUCUGAAUCUGAUGCGAUAUGAAAACAGCACCUCAUGGAACAUGGUCAACCUCUGCCUCCUCGCUCUGAUCCAUGGAAAACAUGUCAGGACAUUAUCAGGACUAUGGGUGGGGGGAAAUCAUACAUAAAUUGGAUUAGGCCCACGUCACCACCGCCAUGCUCUUCUCCUCACCUUCACUUUUCUGUCUCUCUUCUUCUCUCUGUGGGUGUUCUCUGCCUGAUCCAGCUGUGCAGGCUUUCUGAAGACCUGGCUGCCUUUCCUGAUGUUGAUGGGCAUCAUUCUCACAGUGGCCCUGGCCCUCAACCUGCGGUGACCUAGGUGGCAGGUUAAGGACACAGUGGAACCCCUGCAGGUCGGAUGUAGGGUUGACCUUUUAAACAACAAGGGGGGCAUCACACGGUGUAAGUAACCGAGGAGACAGACUUCUCGCCUCCAAGAGAAGAUUGUUGAACAGGAAUGUCCAACACAUGUAUGCCAACACAUGCUCGGUUUGUGUAAAACAGGCAGCCUGUUACUGGCAUUACUGCAGUGGUGAAGCUGGAAUGCCCUAGUGACGCAAAUUAAUUUAUAUUCAGUCAUUUAUUUUGAGAGAAGUGACUGAACACAGUACUGCAACUUCAACCUAAAUAUGCCAGAGCGGGUUGUAUUUCUGUGCAUUUUCUUACUUGUAUUCAGUCUAACGCCAUAGGAUGUCAAAAAGUCUGCAUCUUCUAAAAAGUAAUAUUUUCUCAUAUGUUGUACAUGCAUUACACGUAUCACCUCAUGGUACUACUUUAAUAGGUUUACGAUAAAUGUUUUCAUACCUUUUUAACUACAGAUCAUCACUGCAACGAUUGUAGCAACCUCAAUGAAUGUGGCUGUGGGAAAUACAGAAUAGGAAAGCUCCUUUUGGUUUUCUAUACUUAUUUCUAUACACUAUAGUGGAACAGCAAACUCCAAAGUUUUUGAAUGAAAAGCCUGUUGAUUUCAGAGUUAUGAAACCUGGUCUGAUCUUUAUGUUCAACCUGAGAGAUGUUUUGUUUUUCAUUACUAAUUUUGCCUUUAUGGGAAGAAGCAAGAGUCAGUGCCUAAAAAUGACCCCUCUCACAGAUCCCUUUUUAUAUAUUAUAUUUUCAGUUUUGUAGUUAUUUUUGACGUGUUUUUAAAAACCACUCAUUCCACAUGAUGGUUGGCACUCGAAAUCCGUUGCCAUGGCUGUCGUGAGUAGAUUCAAAUCCCCUCAUUGUUUGCAGUCGCACAGAAAAAAGUAUUGAGCCCUCUCUUUGUCUGCGGUGCUGCCAGAAGCAGCAGGUAGCCAAGAUCCUCAGGUUUUUCACACUCACCAACCCCUGCUGAAUAUCCCCAGUUUCACCCAGCGCCUGACCUGCGUCGCUCCUGCUGUUUCCCACCUCUGCAGAUCAGAUUCGAAGGUCAUUGUGAAAUGUUAGCGCUGUUUAACAAAGCUUUGAUAUAUACCGGCCAACAUCCUGCAAUAAUCCAAAGUAGAUGUCAUUUUAAGUGUGAGCUUGUAAAUUAAAUUAUCAGUUAUUUUCUGUAUUAAGGGUUUAACAUUAGGGCUAACACAGUGCCAGUUUUCUAGACUCUGCUUUCCUCAUUGGGCUUUUGUUGAAAGCAGAUAUUCUGUGGCCUCUUGUGUGUAUUUCACCUAUGUUGCCUGUAAAUAUUUGAUCACACAUUAUACUCUACACCAGGUGCUCUUUAUAUACUUUGCAAACUUGACCACUCACUCUACAUAUUUAUCCUUUGAAUAAUCUACAGUGUAUUUUUUUUUUCUCUUUACUCCUCUAAUGCAUAUCAUCUCUGCUCGGCAAAGGAGCAGAUUUGUGCCUGAAUGAGUGCGCGAUCAUGUGUGUUAGUCAUGCAUACAUUGAUUGGAGAGAGCAUGUGAUUGCAUGCCAGCAUGUGUGUACUGCAUGCAUGCAAGAAUAUGAGUGUUUUUAGAGAGAAGUUCAUGUUUGAUACAUACUGUGGCUUCUUGAAUAAUCAGCUGCAUUUCAUUGCAGCCAACUGCCUAGUGAUUUGAUUUUCUAUAUUUAUUACUCCAUAUCUUUCUCUUAAUCUCUUCCAAGUUU